AUGGCAUCAAAUCAUAUCGAAGAAGAUUCAGAUGAGGAUGAAAAGAAAACAAACACUGAUAUUGGAAGUUAUCGAAGAACAAAAUUGAAAUUAGCUAUGAUUCGUGGCAACAUACUUCGUGAUGCUACACCCAAUUAUGCAAAACUAGAUGGAGCUGGUCUGAGUGAUCGAGACGUACCUGCCAUUAUUCAGCAAACUUUACGAGACAAAUCAUUUACUAUACUCAAUUUGCGUAAAAAUAGAAUAACAUCGAUUGGUAUUGGGCUUCUUGUUCAAGAAUUAAAAACAAAUACUACUUUACAGAAUCUUGACAUCAGCAGGAAUCCAAUUGGAGAUGAAGGAGCUCGUUAUUUAGCUGAAUUAUUUACAAGUUCAAAUCAAAUGCUAUUAGAAUUAUCAAUGGGUGAUGCCGAUAUUGUUCUUUCGAUUAAUGGUUCAAUACGUAUUUGUAAUAAUGGUGUUUAUUUAGCAAAAUGUUAUCUUGAAUCUCGAUCUUUAAGUUAUGGAUUACAAGUUCGUCGUUAUGAUACAGGAUUAUUUCCUAUUGCUCAAUGUCGAACAAUGGAGAUACCAAUGGAUGCUGUUUGGAAUCGGUUAGAAUGUAAAGAUCUUGCAUUUAUUGCAGUUUAUAAAAGUAUUUUUGUUCAAGAAUUUGCUUCCGCAAUGUAUAAUUAUUGUUAUAAACUAACUGGAACAACACUAAUUCCUCAUUGGUCUCAGACACAAUGUUAA